GUCCUUUUAAGACUGCGUGACACACGUGGUAUAUCUUACAGCAGUCUUUCAUCAUUUAACCUGAUAAAAGGCACUUUUGCCACAUUUGAAAAAGCUAGACUUGCUGUGCAAAUUAAAAACCACAAUGGCAGCAGAAAAGUCGAGUACAAAACUUCGUUUCCUCCUCAGAAUGGAGAAGGAAGUUCAAAAAUCAUGGGACGAGCAAAAAAUAUUUGAAAUGGACCGGCCGGACCCAAAUAGUUCUGAGGCAAAAAAAGAAAAGUACAUGGUGACUUUUCCAUAUCCAUACAUGAAUGGCCGACUCCACUUGGGACACACGUUUUCACUUUCAAAGUGUGAAUUUGCCGUGGGAUUUCAAAGAUUAAAUGGAAAGAGAUGUCUCUUUCCCUUUGGUCUUCAUUGCACAGGAAUGCCCAUUAAGGCGUGUGCUGAUAAACUGAAAAAUGAGAUGAAAGAUUUUGGAUAUCCUCCUGUAUUCCCAGAAAAACCUGUUGAAAAAGAAAUAGUCGAGACAGACGUUUUCGCUCAAGAUAAGGCUAAAGGCAAAAAGAGUAAAGCAGCUGCAAAGUCAGAGGGGCUGAACUAUCAAUGGCAAAUUAUGAAAUCUCUCGGUUUGAAAGACGAAGAAAUAAAAGAGUUUGCUGAUCCGGCUUACUGGUUGAAAUACUUUCCGCCUAUGACCAAGUCGGAUUUGAAGCGGAUGGGGGUCAAAGUUGAUUGGAGAAGAACAUUUAUCACAACAGAUGCUAAUCCCUAUUAUGAUUCAUUUGUUAGAUGGCAAAUGUUUCGUCUUAAAGAAAAAAGUAAAGUCAAAUUUGGAAAGAGGUAUACAAUUUAUAGCCCCGUUGAUGGUCAACCCUGCAUGGAUCAUGACAGAAGUAAAGGAGAGAAUGCAGGACCUCAAGAAUAUACGUUAAUUAAAAUGAAAGUUUGCAAACCCUAUCCUAAAAAAUUAAAAAUUUUUGAGGGUAGAGAAGUAUGUUUGGUUGCUGGAACUCUACGACCAGAAACUAUGUAUGGCCAAACAAAUUGCUGGCUUCAUCCAACAAUUAAAUAUGUGGCCAUUGCAACAACUUCUAAUGAAAUAUUUAUUUGCACACGAAGGUGUGCUAGAAAUUUGUCUCAUCAAGGAUUUACAGAGAAAUGGGGAAAAUAUGAAAUUUUGGGAGAAUUUUCAGGAUCUGACCUUUUAGGUACUGCUCUAAAGGCGCCUCUAACAUCCUAUGAUAAGAUUUAUGCCUUGCCCAUGAUGACAAUCAAAGAAAAUAAAGGAUCAGGCGUUGUAACAAGUGUGCCAUCUGAUUCACCAGAUGACUUUGCUGCUCUUCGGGAUUUGAAAAAUAAAAAAGAUCUCAGAGAAAAGUACGGCUUAGGCGACGAAAUGGUUUUACCCUUUGAGCCCAUACCAAUAAUUAAUAUUCCAGAGUUGGGUAAUUUGGCUGCUAUUAAAGUCUGCGAAAAGCUGAAAAUAAAAUCUCAGAACGACACAGAUAAAUUAGUUCUCGCAAAAGAUGAAGUGUACAAGAAAGGUUUCUACGAAGGGGUUCUUUUGGUUGGAAAAUACAAAUCGGAAUUGGUACAAAAUGCUAAAAAGAAAGUUCAAAGUGAACUAUACGAAUCCAAAGAAGCAGUUAAGUAUAUGGAACCAGAGCGCUUAAUUGUUUCGCGUUCUAACGAUGAAUGUGUUGUUGCCUUGUGUGAUCAAUGGUAUUUGGAUUAUGGUGAAGAGAAUUGGAGAAAGGUCACGGAACAACAUCUGAAUAGCUCGUUUGAAACAUUCUCGUCAGAGGUCAAACGAAAUUUUGAAGCUUCAUUUGCAUGGCUCAAAGAACACGCUUGUUCUCGAUCAUACGGCCUAGGAACCAAGAUGCCUUGGGACGAGCAAUAUCUUGUGGAAUCACUUUCUGAUUCCACAAUAUAUAAUGCAUAUUAUACCGUAUGCCAUCUCUUGCAAGCCGGAUUUGAUGGUUCAGAAAAAUCUCCCAGCGGAAUUUCAGCUUCUGAAUUAACUCCAGAGGUUUGGGACUAUAUAUUCUUUAAUGAUUCAAAACUCCCCAAGACUUCGAUAUCAAAGAAUAUACUUGAUCAACUAAAAGCAGAAUUUCAUUAUUGGUAUCCUGUUGAUGUUAGAUGUUCAGGAAAAGAUUUAAUUCCUAACCAUCUGACUUAUUAUCUCUAUUGUCAUACUGCAAUGUGGGAUAAGGAUGCAUCAAAAUGGCCAAGAGGUUCAAGGUGUAAUGGACACUUGCUUCUUAAUGGUGAAAAAAUGGCUAAAUCAACCGGUAAUUUUCUAACUCUGGACAAUGCUAUUGAUAAAUAUUCUGCUGACGGUAUGAGAAUGUGCCUAGCUGAUGCCGGAGAUGGAAUCGAAGAUGCUAAUUUUGACGAGAAGAUGGCCAAUUCUGAAGUUCUUAGAAUAUAUAAUAUGAUUGACUGGACAAAAGAAAUGAUUCAAUUCCGGAAUACUUUCCGAAAAGGACCUCCUAAUACAUUUUUUGAUAAAAUUUUCGAGAGUGAAAUCAACAGAAGCAUUGAAUUGACGAAAAAGAAUUACGACCAGAUGCUAUAUAAAGAGGCAUUAUUGACUGGAUUCUUUGAAUUGCAAACUGCUCGCGAUCAAUAUAGAGAAUUCGAAACAAGUGGAUUAAACGAGGAGCUGAUAUUCAGAUUUAUCGAGGUUCAAGCCCUUUUGCUAUCCCCUAUAUGUCCUCAUUCAUCUGAAUAUAUAUGGAAACUCACAGGCAAAAAAGAGAGCAUUAUGAAGGCAUUAUGGCCAGCUGGUGGCCCUAUUGAUGAGAAGCUGAUCGCCUGCAUGCAGUACAUUAAAGAUUGUACUCGCACUUUCAGAGCUCGUCUUAAUAAUUAUACACAGCCAAAAGGAAAGAAUAAGACCCCUGUUGGCAAACCGAGUCAUGCUACGAUUUAUGUUGCAAAAACGUACGCACCGUGGCAGCAAGCUAUUUUGAAUACUCUCCGAAGUCUUUACGAAAAAAAUAAUAACAGUUUCCCAGAAAAAAGAAUUAUCCUACAAGAUCUUUCGAAACAAGAAAUUUUAAAGAAAUAUUUGAGUAAACAUGUUAUGCCAUUUGUUCAGCUAAUGAUUGAAAAUGUUUCUAAGAAGGAUAUAAGUGCUUUGAAUUUGACAACCGAUAUUGAUGAAUAUCAGGUUUUGACUUUAGUCAUACCUUACUUGCUUGAUAACCUUGAGCUGGAAGGAAUCAAUAUAGUUUACAGCGAGGAUGCUGAUCAGAAAAUUAAAGAAGAGUGUAAACCGGAAAAGCCAUUUGUAAUAUUUAGGAACGAGCCUGCAGUCUUUGUAAAAUUUUCGAAUAGGCAAGUAAAUAAUGGAUGCUUCUCUGGCCAAUUGAAGAUUUACGAGAAUGAUUGUCUUGAUAAAAUCAAAACAAGAAUUCAAAAGGAAAACAGAAAGAUUAAAGAUAUCAAUAAACUGCAUAUAUAUCGAUUCAAAGAUAUAAAAGCUGGACCUAGGACAAUUCCUCGUCUUGAUCAACCAUUAGAUGGAAUGGUCAAAGUGGACAACAAUACCCGCUUUUCUAUAAAAAAUGAUACAAACCAAUUGUUUAUUAAGGACACACAAACAGAAUGCGGAAAUAAUAUUGUUUAUCAUGUCUGUUAA